UACAACUUCGUCUCGUGUUCCACUCCUUAAGGUUUUAAACAUACACAGACUUAGCAGAGAACAAUCUACCUUCUAAAUGUGAUAACAAUGAAACAUAAUUCCAGGGAAAAUUGUCAUAGUGAAGAAAAAAAAUUAUUAUAACACGUAAAUAGUGCUUGGAGAGUUUAAAUGUUAUCAUUGUCAUACCUUUGAAAUUCUUUUCGUCUGUGAAAUCGGAGACGCCGCCUUCCUGCCGGUGCACCUCCGAGGGCAUCAUCUUCAGCAAUGAGUCUGUGGCUGCGUUCGGUGCCUCGCCUGCGGGCGCCCUUCCUGCCGGCGUCUGCGCCCCGCCUCGCCCUCGGCGACCGGCGCGUCUUGAGGGAGGAGCCGAAUCAGCGAAUUUGCUUACUAAGGAGGACCCUGAGCAGCGGGGACGUGAAAUGGCUGUGGCCGAUCGACAGGGAAUCGCUCAGUUUCCACCUCGUCCACAAGCAUGGCACCAGAAUGGGACUUUACCUCAUGACACUCAAUAGCGUGAACCUCCUCAAGACAGAGGACGUCGAAAGGGCUCUUUUCCAUUUGCAGAGGAAGAAUCCUGCACUGCGGGUAGAUUUAAGACUUCGUGGAAAUGUCUGGUGGUUUUGUGAACAAGAUGGGAAUACUCAUAAAGUCGAUUUUAAGAGGCUUAACGAGGGAACAAGCUCGACAGAGGAGAUUCAACGUAUGUGUGAGAAAGGAUUUCCUGACGGGGCUACCUGGAAGUUCAGAAUGAUUCCUCGGGGGAAGGAAGCUCCCCGUGACAUGCCAGAAGUCAAGGACUUUCCUUAUCAGUACAAUAUUAUUAUGACGAGCCACCAUGCAGUAAGUGACGGCUUGAGUGCCUCGUUAAUGGCGAAGCAAAUGGUGGAAUUAUUGAAUGAUGUAAUCCUCGGUCGCCAUAUUAAUGAUGAGGCAACUAGUCAAUUUGUUCAGAGAGAGGAGCUCUGGGAAAUCGAGUCAAGAAUAAUUAAGAAAUUAGAAGAUGAUCCUCAGCGUCACGAUUAUGUCAAACAGACUAUGCCUCUGUCAACUCCUUUGUUACUACAAGCAUUUCCACGGCCUUCAGUGGAUGAAGUCACAACCAGACACCUUUCACGCAUCAUUGACGGUGAUGUUACACAGAAAUUCGAAAAGCAGUGCAAAUCACAUGGGGUCACCAUCCACAGUGCUUUCAGUGCUGUGAUCAAUACUGCUAUUGUCAGCCUGAUGCAGAAGUCUGGAAUAUCCCAACAGUCAUACCAGAUCGCAGGUAAUCAUAUUGUAAGUAUGUUACGGUAUUUAAAACGAACGCCUCGCGAUGCAAUGGGUGGCUAUGCUGUGCUGCGUUCCCACAUUUCAAGACUGACUAACGACCAAGCCAAUCAUUUCUGGGAAUAUGCCCAAGAACUCAACGGAGACCUGAGAGAGGGCCUGACCUCGGAACUCCCUCUGGAGCAGAAGAUGGCUCGCCUCGGGGCCCAGCCCGACCUGGGGAGGAGUGGGCCCAGAAGCCACCCGCGGUUGUGCACGACUACGGGAUCACCAACAUCGGUCGCUUCCCGAUGCCCGAACGACGUUUAGACGACCAGGUCCUGGUGACGGACGUUGCCUCUGUCGCCAUGGUGCAUAAGUACAUCCACAUGCUCCUCUUUCUCGUUCACACGUUCAGGGGUCGUUGCAGCUUUUCCUUGAGCUAUGCAACGGAUUACAUUGCAGACGACACAGCCAUCUCUUGGCAGAUGAAGUGAUAUCAGUCUAUCGGAAAGUGAGUGAGGUGAACGGAAUGUAAAAUUAAGAAAUGAAAAGGCUGAAUCUUACUGAGAGCACUGAUCAACUUAGUUCGUACCUAAAACGAUGCGAACAUCGAUAAUAACAAUUUAUCAUAGUUGGUCCUUGUUGUUUUAUUGCUGGUGAUACUGUGAUCAGGUAAUUGUGAUGUUAACGUAAUGGACAUCCUAAAUCCAGACCAGUGACAGAUAAUAGAAAUUGCUACUUACUGAAUGCUGCAAUGUCAUUGGUAUUGUCACUAUCGUUCUAUCAUACUCGUAAUAAUGGUACGGUAAAUGAAAUGAUCGAUAUCAUUAUAAAACCGAAAUUGAUCGUAAUCAAUAAUAUUUCUGAUUAUGAUAAUCGCGAAAACCUGUAUCAUUUUGAGAUGUCGGAACAGUUAUAUUUUCUAAUGAAUAAAGCUAUAAUUUUUC